GGUCCAGGGCAUCAGGAACGCUGUUUCGAGAGGCACCGGCCAGCGCAGCGGGCUGGCAGUCUGAAGAAAUGGGAGACUGGAGCUUCCUGGGGAGACUGUUGGAGAAUGCACAGGAGCACUCCACGGUCAUUGGCAAGGUCUGGCUGACAGUCCUGUUCAUCUUCCGAAUCCUGGUGCUAGGAGCUGGGGUGGAGUCGGUGUGGGGAGAUGAGCAGUCAGGCUUCACCUGCAACACCCAGCAGCCAGGCUGCAUGAACGUGUGCUACGACAAAGCCUUCCCCAUCUCCCACACCCGCUUCUGGGUGCUGCAGAUCAUCUUCGUGUCCACGCCCACCCUCAUCUACCUGGGGCAUGUGCUGCACAUCGUGCGCAUGGAAGAGAAGAAGAAAGGGAGGGAGGAAGAGAAGCUGAAGGGAGGCAGCCUACACCUCAGACCCGAUGGGCAGUGUGGGCCCAGGAACCACAGCCAGAAGGACAAAUUCAUUCUGCAGGACAACCGGGGCAAGGUCCGAAUUGCUGGGGCCCUGCUCCGGACCUACAUAUUCAACAUCAUCUUUAAGACACUGUUUGAAGUGGGCUUUAUCGCUGCACAGUACUUUCUGUAUGGCUUUGAGCUAAAGCCACUCUACCACUGUGACCGGUGGCCCUGCCCCAACAUGGUAGACUGCUUCAUCUCCAGGCCCACAGAGAAGACCGUCUUCAUCAUCUUCAUGCUGGUCGUGGCCUGCCUGUCCCUCUUACUCAACGUGCUAGAGAUAUACCACCUGGGCUGGAAGAAGCUUAAACAGGGCAUGACCAACCACUAUGGCCCAGACACCAUUGAAUCCAGGGUGGGGGCAGCAAUAUCUGGGGAUGUGAUCCCACUCCCUCCCACUAGGCCACAGACACUGGUGCUUGGGGUGCCCUUGUACUACACGCUCUCUGUCUCUUCCCUGGGAUGGGCAACAAUCAAUUAUUCCAGGGCCCCUCCACCAGCAACAGACUUCAACAUGGCAGCUCUUUCCCAAACACAGGGGAAGGGCCACCCUGACAAAUUCUACAAUAGUAACCACCACCUGAUAAUGACAGAGCAGAAUUGGGCCAACCAGGAGCCUGAGCAGCAUUCUGUGAGGAAGUUCUCCCCACCUGUGUCCACAUCUUCCUCCUUUACCCCUCCAGGCAGCCCCCUGCAAGCCCCUCAGGAGGGCAGAGGAGGCAGCAAAGAAUCUGUCGUGUUGGAGAAUGGGGUCAGCAGCCUCCUGGGAGAGAGCAGACUGGAAGUGACUCCUGAUGAGCAGCAGCAGGCAGUGACGGCUGUGGAGAUGCACAUGCCCCCUUUGCUGCCCACAGACCCCAGACGGUCAAGCAAGGCCAGUAAGGCCAGCAACAGUCAGGCCAGACCCAAUGACUUGGCCAUCUAGUGGUGGUCUCCCCAGAGAGCUUUAUAAUGACCACUUUUCUAGCAUCAAAACCAAAGUGCACUUCAAUUGAGCAGCUAGAGAGCCUAGCGUGACAGAGAGCACUGGAGUGGGGGGAGAAGACCACCCGAGAGGUCAGGUUUCUGUGUCCGUGCUUGCUGUCCUUAACGCUGGAGGUGGAGUGGGGAGGAUGACAAUGCUUUCUAUGGGGGAUGGGGGCAAAGUGGUGUGCAGGGUCUGAUGCCCUUUAAAGAUAUUCAUGGUACCCAAGAGCCCUGAGCCAGGAGACCUUCUCAGGUGUUUCUGUCUCUGUGGCGAACUGUUCUUCGAUGAUAAAGAGGCAGGUGUCCGCAGUCACUUCAGUUUGGGGCCAUUGGGUUUUCUGUCCUGAGCUCUCCGGAGCCUCUGGGCAGCCCAGAAGCUCAUAGCUGCACUUCGCCCUAUCUCUGUUUGAUACUUUCAACUCAGAGUUGAAGUUCAUUUGGGAUAUUUGCCAAACUGCACUAAAAGGAGACUUAGAGCAAGCCUAUGUAGUGUCAUUUGAGAUUCUGAAAUUCCAUGUGAAGCCCAGGAUAUCCAAGUGCAGGUUUCAUGACAAAUAACAAUGAACAGCUCCCCCAGAGGCAGAGAUUUGUGGGUGGUGGCACAGAGGGGGCUGGGAAGAAAGCAGGUGGAAAUGUAGCCACACUUGAGAUCACUUUUAACAAAGAAACAGAAGCAGUAAUGUGGCAGGCACGCCUUUGUGUGGUUGUUUUUUUUGUUUUGUUUUUUGUUGUUGUUGUUGUUAUUUUCUGCUUUGAAUUGUACGUAUAGGUCUAUAUUUCCCACUUUCUCUCUUUCUAAAAAAAUAUAAGAAAUGUAUUACUAUUACAUGGAUAUUGACCAAAAUAGUGAUUAUUUGUCCCUUUUCCCACCAGUAAAGAUUUGAAAUUUCUUUUAAAAUAAAUGCUUUGACUUCAUGAGUCGGUUCAUUACUAUGAGAAGGUAAAAAAUGAAAUAAAAUCAGGGGAAAACUUAAGUGCCUUUGAAAUACUUGAGGUUCUAAAAUGGCAGGUUAAAAGUUAACUGCUGCUGCCAGGAAAAUUAUUUUUACAGGUGAAUGAAUAAACUACACCUUUUUAACAGUGAAAAUGAACUUUAUGUUUCCUAGCCAUUCUUUGUGGACAGCCCAGUAACUUUCUAAAGUGUAAAUAAAAGU